AUGGCUUUAGAAAACUUGCAAGUUGAACCUGUUGAAAAGAAGCUCGUGAUAUGUUUGUUGCCUGGAGUUCAAUCUAGUGUUCAUUACUUAACUAAUGAUAGUAUAUCGUUGUAUAUUAUACGACAUGGGAAAGUAUACUAUCAGUUUAUCAAAAGCUUGGUUGCCAAACAUAAAAAAGUCAUUUUUAUUAUCCAAUAUAAUCACAAUAGCUCAACUACUACCGAGACAGCAGGAAAUAACAGUAAUAUUGAAGAUGUAUUGGAUUAUUUUCAAUUUCUAUACCAAGAGAUCAACUCGUCACAACAAUGUCAGUUCACCAAUUUCUCUACUAUUAUAAUGUAUGACACAAUUCAAUACGAAAAACAUCAAUUAACACCUCAAUUCAUAUAUAUUCAGCAAUUACUUCGUUAUAUUAGUCUAAAACAUGGUAUGAAAAUAGUGUCCUUGCGAAAAGUGGCAGAGGCUUUAACCAUUGAGAAUAUCGAGCAAUUAUUGAAUUUGGAUACCACAUCGCCAGUACCAAUAUUUGAUUUGAAGGGAAUAGAAGUGUUUCUGGAAACUGAUGAUGUUGAUAGAACCGAUAGAAAUGGACAUGAUGCAAGUCAUAACAAGUUACAAAUCAAUUUAUAUAUACCGUACACAUGGGAUUCUUGGAAUAAAAUAGUCGUGCAAGGGAAAUCAAUAGUUUUGCCAAAUACUGAUGAGAUAAUAAUUAGAGAUGAAUCAAGAUUGGAACAGUUGGACAGUAACUACCAAAAGUUGUUGAGUAGCGAGGCUAAUAGUGAUGUUAGUAGUAGAAUCGUCGACUUGUUAUUACCCCAAGAUUAUUUGCAAGCGAGAAACAAAAACAAACCGAAAAUUGAACUGCUUUCAAAUUCAACGUAUUUAUUAAGUGAUAUGUUAAGAGAAAUAGUUCAACCUUCUGUUCUAGAGUAA